CUCGCUCACCUUCCACUACCACCCCUCCUUAGUUCACCAUGUCUAAAGAGAAAAAGAACUCUACGAAGGGAAUGGGCGAGUCUGUAAAGUACGCUGAAGGUGACAUUGUCCUGGGCAAGAUCAAAGGAUAUCCGGCAUGGCCCGGAAAGAUCUUAAGCCACGAUGAGGCAAGUACGGCGGUGAAGAAGGAGAUGCCCCAAGUGAAGAAGGCAACCUUCUACCUUGUCCGGUUCUACCCCACUGCCGAAUUUGCAUGGCUGUUCCCUAAAGACCUUUCCAAAUUACAGAAACAUGAGAUUGAGGCGUUUAUCAAUGAACCUCAUCGCAAGAGCUCAGACCUCAUGGAGGGAUAUCGCGUCGCGCUGGACCCGACUGAAUGGGAAGAGAACUAUAAGAAGAGCAGCGAAGAAGCUGCUGAAAAUGAAGCUGCUAUACAGGAGGAUCAGCUUGAUGAAGAUGAGGAGGAGGAAGAGCCCGAGGAAGCUCCCGUCGCCAGCAAGAAGCGCAAGCGUGAAUCGGCUGCGGCGGAUAAGAAAGCUAAGAAGGCUAAGCUCGAACAAUUGAGCAAGCGCAGGAAGAGUGAUUCAAAAAAGUCUGCUGAUACUGUCGAGUCAGAGGAUGAUGGUGCUGCGGAUGAAUCCAAGGUGGAGCCGUCGCACACGGCACCAGAGAAGGCAGUCAAGGCCGCGAAGCCUCCGAAAGGCGCUGAUGGUGAAGAUGAGGGCGAAGAUCACGCCCUUUCGCAUGAUCCAGAGGCAAUGAAGGUCAAGGAUUGGCGUCAUAAGCUGCAAAAAGCCUUUCUAGGCAAGAUCGGACCCACCCCUGCCGAUAUGCCGAGUGCGGAUCAACAGCUGAAGGCAGUCGAAGAGUAUCAAGGAUACACCAUCGAAUAUCUGCAGUUUUCCAAAAUCGGCAAGGUGAUGCGCAAGAUCGCUGGCCUAACCGAAGUUCCCAGAGACGACGAGUUUCAUUUCAAAGACCGCGCGGCAGCUCUCGUUAGCCGCUGGCAAGAUCAGCUGUCCGGUGCUGUCCCUAAAGUCAAUGGCCUUGAGACUUUGGAGGAACCAGCGAAGACCGAGGACGUUGAGAUGAAAGAUGCGAAUGGAGCGCCGAACUCGGAAGCCCCUACCCAGGACGAGCCUGCUGAGACGAGGGCGAAUGACGCGCCGCAGGCGCCUGACGUCGCACCCGUGGUCGAGCCUGAGCCUGCAGCGGCAUAAUCGUUGUUGUUCUGCAAUUCUGCAUUUAACUGGUGUCAUCAAAAUUCAAUGAGUUGUCUGAACGCGGACCGGUGGAAAGACGAAGACCUUUUCCGGGAUCCAUGGGCUGUUUCUCUCUUCACUCAUUUUUGUCCUUUCAUGUGAGUUCACAGCAGGCUGUUUGUACAUACUGUUUCUUUCCUGCUACCUGUUCUACAAUGUGAAGGGUAAUCAAUAGUGUAUGUCUUCCCUGUAACUUGUUGCUGUAUUUAAG